AUGCGUUUCAAUGCUGAUUUCCCACCAGAAAUCCGACCAAAAAUCGCCCAAUAUCCACUUGGAGAACUCAAGAUGGCAUCCAAGGUUUUCACCAAGCCAUUGAGCACAUCGGAAGAGGAAAAACAAGUGAUACUCAAGUCGAUUUGGGAUCGAGACAAUCCGACUUGGAAAACCAUCGAAGACGAGCUGGCGUCGGCCUGCGAUGAACUAUUUGGCUGCCCAGGACACCACUAUUCGUGUACCCCGGCUGACGAAACUUCCGGCCCCUUCACGAACCACCUUCUUCUCCCUACCCCCGAAGAGGUUAUGGAUCUCAAGCAGUUCCAUUGGCCUGUCUUCAGUAAGACUGUCCCAUCAGAACCAGAAUGGCGCAGUCAGCUCUACCAUUUGUUUCACACAAUUGGGUCGUCGCUUGUCUCCUCACCAAAUCCUCUCGCACUCUUUGUCGCAAUCCUCCAUACUUUACUUGGAUGGCUUGCGAUGUUUCAACUUGGCUAUUUCCACCGGGAUCCGAGCAUAGGGAACCUACUUCGCCUCGCAGAAGCUGUUGCGAUGAAAAAAUUCGAGAUUGAUCUGAGACUCGCGCCUGACGCCAUCGACGACCUUAUCGUCAAGUUUAGACAUCUCGGCUUGAACCCUUUGAGUGGUUCGUUGAUUGUCGAGAGCAAGCACAACGCGUCAAAGACCUACUCGAAACCCUGGGUGUGGGGGCUGAUGCAUCCGGCCUCAUUAUUGAUGGUGAUAAUGCAGUCAAGUGGCACCAUUUCGAUGCUCCCCGAAAUUCCACGCGUUCGGGCACUGUAG